AUGGAGGUAGAGGGCACUCAGGGAGGGGAGGAGGUCUCGAGGGACCCCUCCGUCGACCUUCUUCUAGGUCAAUACGCCUUGAAGUUCCGAGACACAGUCGAGGAUCUUCCUGGCGAUCUCGAGGUAUUGACCACCUCCAUUAAGAAGAGCAAGGUGGCCUACUCUCGCCCUGGUCCACCUCCGCCGAUCAACCGCGCUACCAAACCCAAGCCCCGUCCAACAACGUGGGCAGGGAUUGCACGACAGGCUGCUCCGAUGCCUCCCCCGCCUCCUGGCUUGGGACCGCAGCGCCGCGGGCCCUCUCCUCCUCCCCCCGCAUUCCCAAUGGGCCCAAUGAAGACUUCUCCUCAUCGGUCUGUUCCUUCUUUCACUUCCGAGGGCCCCACCUGGAAGCAGGUUCUCGUGUCAUUCGGGGGUACCCCUCCCGAUCUCACGAAGUUCUUCACCGAGUCGGCUGUUCGUGCAGCCAACGGAUAUCUCAGGGAUGGGCGAAACAGAUUUGAUAUUCUAUUUUUCCAAGAAACGCCUUGGAAUUUCAUAAGACAUGCACCGUCUACCACAAGUAUGGAGGGCAAUGAGGUUAUCGGCGCACCAAAGCAUCCUGAAUGGCUGCAAAUGGUGCGCAUUAAGGAAGGGGAAGUUCCCCACGUGAUCGCCUAUGUUUCGACUAGGCUCUCCCGCUAUCGUCCCGCUAUGCGCCGUGACAUCGUCGACCAUCGCGACAUCCUCGUCCUCUCCCUCUUCAGCGGGGGUGAGGUUCUUAACUUAAUGAACAUCUAUUCCGACGAUCAACACACAGCCAUUGAGUACCUCGCUGCUCGUGUGCAUUCUUUACCACCUUUCAUUUAUAUGGCUGGUGACUUCAACUGCGUGUCAACGACUUGGGAUGACUAUGAGCAUGGCGAGUCGUCGACGGCAAUAUCCCUGUGGGACACCGCAUCUCAGAUCGGCCUCGAGUGGGCAUGA